GCCGGGUCCUUUUUUUUCUCCGGAGCUGUCGGCGGCUCUGGCACCUUCUGCUGCAUGCUGGAUUGUUCCUAAAAUCUGAAUCCAUCCGAGCUCGGGCCGCACCUUUUCACACCCGGGGAUCAUCCGUCUAGUUCUAAUAACUUUUUCGGUCAUUAUCCAGUGAUUAUAACGUCUCGAUGCCUGAAAUGAUGGCGGGACCGAAAGCCUCAGACGGAGGCAAAAACCGAGGAGGAGCGUACGUAGACCGCGACAAACCGGCCCAGAUUCGGUUUAGUAACAUCUCUGCCGCUAAAGCUGUUGCUGAUGCCAUCAGAACAAGCCUGGGGCCUAAAGGCAUGGACAAGAUGAUCCAGGAUGAGAAAGGUGAUGUGACGAUUACGAACGACGGUGCCACUAUCCUGAAACAAAUGCAGGUGCUUCACCCUGCCGCCAAAAUGCUGGUGGAACUGUCCAAGGCUCAGGACAUCGAGGCCGGUGAUGGAACCACCUCUGUGGUGGUGAUCGCCGGAGCUCUGCUGGACGCCUGCGCCAAACUGCUGCAGAAAGGUAUCCACCCAACCACCAUCUCUGAGUCAUUCCAGAAGGCUGUGGAGAAGGGUGUGGAAGUGUUGACGUCCAUGAGCAAGCCAGUGGAGCUCGGUGACCGUGAGACGCUGCUGAAUAGUGCCACCACCUCGCUGUGCUCCAAGGUGGUGUCACAGUACUCCAGCCUGCUGGCGCCCAUGAGUGUGGACGCUGUGAUGAGAGUCAUCGACCCAGCCACGGCCACCAGUGUGGACCUGCAGGACAUCAAGAUCAUCAAGAAGCUUGGAGGAACCAUUGAUGACUGCGAGCUGGUGGAAGGCCUGGUUCUGACCCAGAAGCUGGCAAACACUGGCGUGACCCGUGUUGAGAAGGCAAAGAUCGGCCUGAUUCAGUUCUGCCUGUCCCCUCCCAAAACUGAUAUGGAGAACCAGAUCGUGGUGUCGGAUUAUGCUCAGAUGGACCGCGUCCUGCGGGAGGAGCGCACUUACAUCCUCAACCUGGUCAAACAGAUUAAGAAGGCCGGCUGCAACGUUCUGCUCAUCCAGAAGUCCGUCCUCAGAGACGCUCUGAGCGACCUCGCCCUGCACUUCCUCAACAAAAUGAAGAUCAUGGUGGUGAAGGACAUUGAGAGGGAGGACAUUGAGUUUAUCUGCAAGACUAUUGGUACCAAGCCCAUCGCCCAUGUUGACCAUUUUACCCCCGAGAUGCUCGGUACAGCAGAGCUGGCUGAGGAGGUCAACCUGGACGGCUCAGGAAAACUGGUCAAGAUUACAGGCUGCACCAAUCCCGGUAAGACUGUGAGCAUCGUUGUGCGAGGCUCCAAACAACUGGUGAUUGAAGAGGCUGAGCGCUAUAUCCACCGACGCGCUCUGCGUCAUCGCUGCCUGGUCAGAAGAGGUCGGGCUCUGAUCGCCGGCGGCGGUGCUCCAGAGAUUGAGCUAGCUGUUCGCCUGGCUGAGUACUCGCGCAUGCUGCCUGGUAUGGAGGCGUACUGCGUGCGGGCGUAUGCUGAUGCCAUGGAGGUGAUCCCCUCAACCCUGGCUGAGAACGCCGGCCUCAACCCCAUCUCCACGGUGACCGAACUCCGCAACAGACAUGCCCAAGGAGACAAGAUGGCCGGCAUUAACGUACGCAAGGGUGGCAUCUCCAACAUCCUGGAGGAGCUGGUGGUGCAGCCUCUUCUCAUCUCCAUCAGCGCCCUGACGCUGGCCACAGAGACGGUCCGCAGUAUCCUCAAGAUCGACGACGUGGUGAAUGUGCGUGUAGGUUUUGGGGUCGGACCUCUGGAUCUGCUGCUAAACCUGCCGGACGGAUCACAGGACUUCGGUCUGUUCGGAUUUCAGCCAUUGUGUUGUUGUUCGCAUAGUUUAAUUAAAUAAAGAGCUGUUUUUGUUUUUUGACACGUCA